AUGGAGGAUGAGGCCUGGACCAAGGGCCUGAGCUGCGAGCUGAGCCGGUGGCUGAGCAGCUCUCCCAGCAGCUCUGGAGAAAAGGCUGUGCAGAGGCCAGAAUGGAGGAGUUCCAGACGCAAGAAGAUGGAGCUGGACAGCAGAAGAGCUCAGGCCACCCGCAGCGCUCUCAUCCUCGCCCACGGCAGCUUGGCACUGCGUGCCUCCAAGGAACAGCUGCUGGCCCGCCUGGAGGGAGACAUCGUGGGCAACAUCCUGCUGCUCUACAGCUGCAGCUGCCGGGACCUGCAGAAUACGCUUGCGCUGGUGCAGAGCAUCACAGACUUCAGCUCUGCCUUCCAAGCUGUGGGUGGCUCUGCCUGCUUUAACCCCUCCUUGAAGGGCAAGCUGCUGGAGAUCCUGACGGAGUUGCUGAAGAAGUAUUACUUGGGCACCCCUGUCUCCCCAGUGCCCCUCAAGGUGGUUCUGGCCCUGGAGCAGUUGAGCAAGCUGAAGCCCUCCUUAGGAGCCAAGGACAUGUGUGACAUGCUGAGUCUGUGCUGCAAGAAUGUUGUGUUGCACCCUUCAGCGGAGAUGAUGCUGAAGAUCAGGAAGUCACAGCAAGCAGCUCAGUACCUGCAGCUUCUGCAAGCAUCACUGAAAGCUCUGGGCCGGCUCAUGGUGGUCCUGCUCGAGACAGAGACCAGUGGCUUCUUUCAGAACAUAGUCCAUAGAUCCAUGACGUCAGACAACAUGUGGGAGCGCAAGAGGGCCCUGCAGAUCUGCUCCCAGCUGCUGGCUGCUUGUGAAGAGCGUGGAAGAGGAGAUGCCUGCAAGCACUUUGGCUCCUUGGUGGGAUUGCUGGCACCUCUGACGUGUGACCCCAUGCCCACAUCCCGCCAGCUGGCUGUCACCUGUCUGAGCUCCCUUCUCCGGAUUCAAGCCAAGGCGACCAAUGGAGUCAUCCAGACAGGAGACAUCGGGAGCCUGUGUGAGGGGCUGAAUGACCGCCGCACCGUCUGUCAGCUCCAGACCUCUUCCAAAAUCGCGGGGUAA